AUGUCUAUAAGCAAGGAAGAUGCUGAGGCCCGUCUUAAGGCCCGGAAGCCGAUCCCAAAGCCGAAACCUGCGUAUCUACCCGUAACCGGGUCACCACUAACAGUUAAUAAAGACCUAUACAGUACAAUCGCCACCGCCCCGCGUGUCUUACUCCAAGAGUUUAUACUUCCUAUCAGAUCAGGUAGGGCUUGGAAAGCACCCGCCGGGUCCAUUGUGCGAAUCAGCACCCCCGAGGGUCCGCAGGUCGGGGACUUAAAUAUCUGGAAUGCUCAUAAUCCCCGGGAGAAAUUCUGGGCGGCGCGCACGAAGCAACUCUACGCUUCUCAUGUCUCGACGUACGACAGGCUAUGGUCGUGUCUACCUUAUAUGCGCCCUCUCGUGACAAUUAUAGGCGACAGCCUCUCAUGGUACGGUGUCGAUGAGCAUGGCGGCCGCGUACACGACUUACUGGGUACGGGGUGCGAUGGAUAUAUCUCGAGCGUGCUUUCGGAUAAGGGAUACGAUUUUCACUGCCGUUCCAAUCUUACACGAGCCGUUCUUCCCUAUGGACUAAAUGAGGGUGACGUGCACGAUGUUAUCAACAUAUUUCAAGUCACAGGCCUAGAUGAGCAAGGCCGCUACUUUAUGAAUCCAUGUCCUGCACAGAAGGGAGAUUACAUUGAGUUCUUAGCCGAGCAGGAUAUAUUGAUGGCUCUAAGUACAUGUCCUGGCGGCGACCUAUCGCUAUGGGGCUUCGGUGCCGACAGCGAGAAGGAGAUGAUCAAGUGCUGCAGGCCACUAAAGAUCCAAGUCUAUACUCUCGAGGAUCCAGUUCUACUGCAGAGAGGCGGGUGGAAGCCUGCAGAACCCGCACCGUACAAGGGGAUCCAUGGCCUGGUCGUUCCUGAGGGAGAACAUGACGCGACUAAGUUGUGA